AUGCCAUCCUGUUCUGGCCGGACUUCACGUUCAGCCAGCGCUGGAAGAUGCUCGAGACCGCGCCGCCUGGCGGCCAAGUCGGCAGCGCAGGCGGAGAUAGUUGGCAAGAGCGCACUUGCCCAGGUCAUCGUGGGCCAUGUCGACGGCCGAAGGGUGGCAAGAAAAGUUGUGCGCGUGUGUCACUUUUCUUGCGACCUUGCGGCCGUCAAAAUGGCCCAAGAUGACCUUAAAAGGUUCAAAACUCUCACACUCGCAGGCGGGCAUCGAAACAUCGUGCAUGCGAUAGUGAUGGAGAUGCUCGGGCCUUCACUUCUGAACAUGCUGAGAUUCCCGGGAGUGGCGCCGUUUGCCAUCUGA